AUGACUUCCCUCGCAGGCAGACACGCCGUCGUCGUCGGCGCAACGGGCACCAUAGGCAUCCACAUAGCCCGAGCCUUUGCCGCCCAAGGAGCAGUCGUCUCGCUCCUCGGCCGGACAGCCCUCCAAGCACAGUCCAGGCUUGAGCCUCAACUCGCGUCCUACGCAGCACCUCACGGGGGAAACUCGUCGGCCGAUACACCUGCUAGCCACCGGUUCAUAAGGCUAAACGUCGCAGAUAGGGCCAGCAUAGGCCAUGUCUUCGGUCCUCGCGCCUCCCAGCACGUCGAUACGGUUGGGCCACUAGACAUCCUCGUCAACUGCGCCGGCGUUUCUCAGACUACCCUCUUGAAAAGAACUCCGGACGACGAGCUCGCGAGUAUUCUUGACACGAACCUGCUGGCUACCAUGCUCGUGUGCAAGCACGCCAGGCUUCGGCCAAAUGGUUGCAUCAUCAACGUCUCCAGCUUGAUGGCUACGAAAUCCGCCCUGGGUGUCACUGCAUAUGCCGCGUCAAAGGCAGGCGUCGUGGCUUUCACCCGUGCUCUGUGCAGGGAAAUGGCCGCCAAAUCUAUCCGUGUAAAUGCUCUCUUACCAGGUUGGGUGCAGAGCUCCAUGUGGGAUCAUCUGAAACCAGAACUGAAACAGGCGUAUUUGAAAGAUACGCCACUCAACCGCGUAGCACAUCCUGCUGAAGUAGCAGAUGCUGCAAUUUUCUUGGCUUCCAAUGGAUUUGCCAAUAACUGUGUUCUCAAUCUCGAUGGUGGAUUGAGUGCCGCGUGA